AUGGCCUCGGUAACUGAGUCCCUCUCGUUCGGCAUCACAGCAUCCACAACAUAUGAAACGUCGCCGUACGCAUUGGCCCGGAAAUUCUCAACCCUGGAUCAUCUCACCCGCGGCCGUGUGGGCUGGAAUAUCGUGACUUCUUUCCUUGAUAGUGCGGCGAAGGCCUACGGGAUGGACGAACAGAUUCCGCACGACGAGAGAUAUGCGCGAGCAGAUGAGUACAUGGAGCUCGCGUAUAAGCUUUGGGAGGGGACGUGGCGCGAUGGGGCUGUUGUCAAGGAUGCCAAGUCGGGGGUCUAUAGUGAUCCUAGUCAGGUGCGGGCGAUUGAGCAUCAUGGGAAGUAUUUUAAGAGCACGGCGGCGAGUCAGUUGCCGGCUUCAAGGCAGAGGACGCCGUUACUCUUUCAGGCGGGGGCUUCGUCGGCCGGGAAGAAAUUUGCGGCUAAGCAUUCGGAGGUUAUGUUUUUGCCUGGUCUUGAACCGGAGAAAACUAGGGCUGUUGUUGAGGAUAUGCGGAUACAUCUCGCCGAAGUAGGCCGCCCGAUGGAUAGCAUCAAGUUCAUUGCAGGCAUCCUGGUAAUCGUCGACGAAACAGACGAAAAGGCCCAGACCAAAUAUGAAGAGUACCUAGCCCAAUCCGACCUCGACGGAGUGGCAACCCUUUUCGGCGGCUGGACCAGCAACGAUCUGUCCAAGUUCGAUGACGACGAAGACUUCUCUUUCACCGCCGUUGGUGGGAUACAGUCUAUGAUCUCGAGUUGGUCGAAGACCGUCCCAAACUCCAACGGGCUGAAGUGGACCAAGCGGCGGGUUCUCCAGGAAUUGGCGCUAGGCGGUGCGCAUCCUCGCGCGAUUGGUUCGCCGAGUACUGUUGCCGAUAUUUUGCAGAAAUGGGUUGACGUGGCGGGGGUUGAUGGGUUUAAUUUCUCGUAUGCUGUUUCGCCGGGGACCUUUGAGGAUAUGAUCGAGUAUUUGUUUCCUGAGCUGAGACGGCGGGGUGUGAUUUGGGAGGAGUACGAGGUUAAGGGUGGGUCGGCAAGAGAUAAUUAUUUCCAGGACGGACUUGGGCCGAGGUUGCGUGAGGGUCAUCCAGGCAGGGAAUAUACGUGGAACUGA